AUGAAUAACAAACAAGUUGAACAGAAUCCUGAAGCACUCGAAAAAUCCCAUACGUUACGAAAUUACAUUAGAAAUCAAAAUAUUCCUGCCAUCACAGAAUGUCUUUCGGAAAUACUUUCCAAACCAAUGCAGCAUAUCCAACUCAUAUUCAUGCCUGAACUUGCCAAUGAUGAACAUUCGGAGAUGGUUUCUGCUCCGUUCUCUGAUCAUGUACCAUUAUUGUGGACAGCAUGUGAAACUCAAAAUUUGAAAAUUGUUGAAUUGUUGUUGGAUGCAAUACGUAAAUCACCGUGUGAUGUGGAUACGUUGCUUAAUUUUGAACAUGCCUGUCCUGGGACGUAUCAUACUAAAACUCUUCUUUAUCAUAUUUGUGAAAUUGGCUGCAAUUCGAAUAUUGUUGAAUAUAUUUUGAAUGAACCAAAAUUAGAUAAUUUUCGUGGAUUAUCUCAAGGACGAUACGGAAUUCAAGAAUCUCCUUUUUAUGCUUGUGUUAAAAACGGUCAUUUAGAGCUUGUUAAAUUACUUUUCAAAUUUGGUUCUAAUUAUGCACAUGCGGAGUGUUCAGAACUUUUGGUUCGAGAUCCUGUUAGUGAUCCUUGUUUCUUUCCAUUAUGGGUCGCUGCUGCAAAUAAUCGAUUUGAAAUUGUGAAAUAUUUAGUGGAAGAAUGUCGAGUGAAUCUUGAUGACGUUUCUGGAAGUAUUGGUUAUUCAAGCGCAUUAGGAGUUGCUGGUAAAUUGAAAAAUGCAGAAAUCGUAAGAUAUUUGUUAGAACGUGGAGCCAAUGCAGGAAAAGAUGUUUACGAAAACACAUUUAAGGAAGCGAAUCAAAAUACUAUUUCAUUACGCAAUAAUAGCGAAUUUACCAUUGUCCAAAGAGGGUUUCCCCAUAACUUGAACAAAGAAGAAGUCGUUGAGGCAAAGCAAUUUGUGAGAGAUCAAUGGGAAAUUGUGGAUUUGUUCAUGAGAAAAAAGGCUGAAAUGAGAAAUAAUCUUUAUAUUAGUGUUGGUUUUCGUUGUGACGAUGAUUGCACGGCAGACCCCUUUCACAAACCCCAACUCAGAGAUAUUUAUGUGAUUACGAAGAAGCGGUAG